UACAUAAUUGUUCGCUUGUUCCCAGUUUUCAGUUUCGGUGGUUGUUCAAUUGCCAUAAAUAAAAAAAUGGCGAAAUUUUUGGGUCUUGAUAAGAUAGCGAGAUUUUUUCGAAUUGUCAAACACAACGGGGGCAUACGAGGUUCCUUAAGAGCCAUUUACAUGCGAGAUGAAUUGAAAGCUGGUGACUUGAUAGGAGAGGACAAAUUUGGGAAUCGAUAUUACCAAAACAAUAUGUUCUUUUACGGACGCAAUCGUUGGGUUGAAUAUAACGAUAGCGUUGGUCUGAAUUAUGAUGCAUCACAAGUUCCUGCUGAAUGGUACGGAUGGCUACAUUACAAGACCGAUUUACCUCCACACCAAGACCCAUCUCGCCCCAAGUACAAGUGGAUGAUGGACCACACUGAAAAUUUUUCAGGCACUAACAAAGCUUACAUGCCUUACAGUACGACCCGUCCUAAAAUCGAGGCGUGGAAACCCCCCAAGUAAGACCGAUGAAUGACAAAUAUAUAGAGCUGAAGGUAGGAACUACUUGUAAAAAUCUAUUAAAUAUCUUCUAUAGCUAAAUUACUUCGUACAUUGCAGUUUGUGUGACAUGUACGAUAAUUGUAAAUAAAUAACUUUCCGUUUAACGUA